AUGUUCAACGGAAUAUCGAGCAAUUUUCAUUCAUUUCAAAAUAUGCCUGCUGCAACAAAAAAGAAAUAUGUAGUGAACGAAGCAUUUGAGAAGUACAUCUUACCCGAUGAAAAAUCGUAUGUAGUGAAGAUCGUCGCACCUCGUGACAAUAAUUUGCAUGAAGCCAUCACACCAGAUGGUACCACAUUUUUAAUUAGUAUGCCAACAAAAUUUCGUAAUACAAUCUACACUAAACGAGGUAUUCAUAAAUUUAUUCACAAAAAUUUAAAGCACCACAUAUUCUAUUAA